GGUUCCGCCUCCUCCGCCGCCUCCCCGCGGCCGCCGCCGCCAUGUUGGAUGGUGCGUGUGGGUGUCAAGCGCAGCCCGCGGCCGCCGGGCACCGGGACACCGGGACACCGCGCCCGCCCCGCGCCCGCAGUGAUGAGGAUUUCUUCAGCCAAAUCUGUUGACCCAAUUGCUGCUGAAGCUGCUUUYCUACUGACUUUCAGCUCUGUUUGGACAGGGAUGAGGCUUGUGACAACAGCAGUCAUGAUUUUAAUUUUCUCGUGUCAUUCUCUUGAGGAGAGGAAAUGAUUGUAGUGGAACGUGUUACAAAUAAGCCACUGCUACGGAGCCUUCGCUGUUUAGAAACGUUGCUGCAAGAGCAAAUUUAGCCCUUUGCUGUUUGUGUUCUGGAAUCUGUCUUGGUAAAAAGGGAAAUAAAAAUGACGACUUCGUCUAUCAGACGGCAGAUGAAGAACAUUGUGAACAAUUACUCAGAGGCCGAAAUAAAAGUUCGAGAAGCGACCUCAAAUGACCCCUGGGGUCCUUCCAGUUCACUGAUGACUGAAAUAGCAGAUCUGACCUACAAUGUUGUGGCCUUUUCUGAAAUUAUGAGCAUGAUCUGGAAACGACUGAACGACCACGGCAAGAACUGGCGACACGUGUACAAGGCCCUGACUCUCUUAGAUUACCUGAUUAAAACUGGCUCUGAGAGGGUGGCCCAGCAGUGUAAAGAGAAUAUUUUUGCUAUCCAGACAUUGAAAGAUUUUCAGUACAUUGAUCGAGAUGGGAAAGACCAGGGCAUCAAUGUGAGGGAGAAAUCCAAGCAGCUGGUGUCCCUCCUGAAGGAUGACGAGCGCCUCAAGACAGAGAGGGCCCAAGCUCUGAAGACCAAAGAACGCAUGGCUCAGGUGGCCACUGGGGUGGGCAGCAACCAGAUCACCUUUGGCCGAGGCUCCAGUCAGCCCAACCUUUCCACCAGCUACUCAGAGCAGGAGUAUGGGAAGUCUGGAGGAUCCCCAGCAUCCUACCAUGGCUCUACAUCCCCUCGAGUCUCCUCGGAGCUCGAGCAGGCCCGGCCCCAGACGAGCGGGGAAGAGGAGCUGCAGCUGCAGCUGGCGCUGGCCAUGAGCCGGGAGGUGGCGGAGCAGGUCGGUGCCCGUGAGGAGCGCCUCAGACGCGGAGAUGAUCUGAGAUUACAGAUGGCUCUGGAGGAGAGUCGCAGAGACACAAUUAAAAUUCCCAAAAAGAAGGAGCACACCACUUUGUUGGACCUGAUGGAUGCCCUGCCCUCCUCGGCACCGGCCCCACCCAAAACGGAGCCUUGGGGACCUCCUGCUGUCCCAGCCUCGAACCAAACGGAUCCCUGGGGAGGAUCCACAGCUGCAGCUCCUGCCUCUGACCCCUGGCAAUCAUUUGGUGCCAAACCAGCUGCUUCCGUUGACCCUUGGGCAGCACCAGCAGGAUCCACAGCUCAGCCUCUGUCCAAAAACGUGGACCCUUGGGCUCCUGCUCAGCCAUCUUCUACUGCAGCAAAAUCUUCUGUGGAUCCCUGGGGAUCAGCACCCGCAAACAAACCUCUCUCUACUUCCGGAAGUACAUCUUUUGACCUCUUCAGUAAUUUGAAUGGUACAGUUAAAGAUGAUUUUUCUGAAUUUGACACACUUCGAACUUCCAAAAAGCCAGCUGAUUCAGGUUCCACUCUGCCAUCCCAGCACAGCGGUACCACGAGUCCCGAUCUCUUUGACUCGCAGCACUCCAGUGGGACAUCAGGCAAACAGAGCGCAGCCCGRAAAACCCCAGAGUCCUUCCUGGGCCCCAACGCUGCCCUGGUGAACCUGGAUUCCCUGGUGUCUAAGCCAGCACAGCCUGUUACUUCACUGAACCCGUUCUUGGCACCAGGCGCCGCUACAGCACCGACUCCAAUCAACCCCUUCCAGGUGAACCAGCCUCAGCCACUGACCCUGAACCAGAUGAGAGCGAGUCCCGUGAUGGGAAGCAGCCCCUCCUUCAGCGCUGUGCCCCCGAUGAGCAUGGAGCCAAUACCUCUGUCUUCCAUGGCCCCCGUGCCCGUGGGAAUGGCACCGAUCCCGGCCAUGGGCCCCGUGGCGUCGCUCACCAGGAUGGGCCAGGGGCUGAGCAUUGCAGGAUCAAUGCCCCAAGCUCUGCACAGUACAGCAAUGCCGCCGGCAGCCUCGCAGUCUGCAAAUACAACUAACCCUUUCCUCCUAUAAAGACCCGAUUAAAGGAACUUUUCUUUUCCUAGUGUUUCCAGGCUGAAGUCUUUCCAGCGAAACGAACGUGGCCUGUGUGGACUGAGCGGUGUGUGAGAGACUUGGAAGUAGAUUUGCAGUUUACAGUUAUGAUCUUUGAAGAGUUGUCUCUACUUACCAGUUAAUCUAAAUCUAGUCUUUGCUACAGAUGGUACCUUACUUUGGCUUGUUGAGCAUCAUGUGAAAAUGUUCAGACUUUCCACCAAAGUUAGAUUCUGCCCAUUUUUGUUACUUUGUUAAUCAUUUCAAAUACACUUUCUAGGGAGAGAACCUGCCAUUUGAGAACUCCGUCGGCUAUUUUGUAGAUGUCAGAUCAUGUGCUGGAUUCCUGAAUUUACUCCUCCCCUGCAUCUGUCACUUCCUCUGCCCGUAAGAUAGAGCUGAGAUUCCGAGUGCUAGUGAAUGUUUUGCACAUAACUACACACAGUUCUAGACUGUUGGUUCACCCAUAGUCCUUACUCUUAGAAGAGACCGACCCGGAGGGCCCAGGGGGGCUUGGUUUUUAUGCAUUAAACAUUGCAAACUCGCACUGCUUUGGUAUCUCUGAGGUGGGACUGAGCAAAGCAAGCUUGUCUCAAAAGGAAAAUGACACAAAACCCCAGACAAAAACACCCAAGACCAUGCUCGAGUUGUGCUGUCGUGUGCAGUGUUGAAUUCCUACACUACUCUAAGGACUCCUGGAACUCUCUGUGAGUGGCUGCACUCGUGCUGAGUGAGUGUCCUGCUCUGUGCUUGUCCAGUACCAGCUUCGUUUGGAAGUUUUUUCAUGUGUAUUUUGUUUUUAUUUGACUUACGAUGUGAGUUGAAAGAAAAAAAAAAAGGAAAAAAAAAGAGAAAAAAAAAAAAAAGGAAAUACAGUGGGACAACUUUGAAUUCA